UUGGUAUUAUCCAAAACGAAAUUCUUUCUAAAUCUAUGAACAUUGACAACUCUAUCAUAUUAUGAAUUCAAAAAUAUUAACAAAACUAUGUUUACAUUCGCUAUCGGUGUUGAUGUUACUCCAAUAUUCUUUGUGUUUGAAUAUAGAAAGCAGAGAAAAUAAUACAAUUUUAUCGAGACGAAAAAGAUUUCUUAUAUUCCCCGAAGGCAGUUCCCUUCAAUUAGUAUUUUGCGUUACAUAUCCGGUGCUGACUUCAAUAGGUGACAUAUUUCUCUGGGGCAACACAGCUGCCUUAGCGUACGAACUGCCACAAGAUCCUUAUUCCCCUUUUAAUCAUAAAGCCGACCCUCUUCACAGACGGAUGGAUACAAACACCAUAUAUUUUACGGAUUAUGAUGGAAAAAUAAUAUACAAGAAGCCAUACGUGAAAAAGUUUAUUGUAAACCCAGCGUUUGCGAAGCGUAGCGUGGACGAAUACGAAAAGGUAUCCUUCGAAUAUAAAAUAGGAAAGAAACAGAUGCACGCCUCAAAACACACAAGAACGUUUUUGAAGGAACAUUUGGGAAACAUCGACUUUCAUAGAAUCAGUAGAGCGUCACUUUAUCAACGGAUUGAGACACUUUUACAAGGACUCGGUUCUGAUGGGAGGAAUUGCGUUUUGAAAGCAUUGUGUGUGAUAGGACAGUCACAGGAGGAUAGCCAAGGUGCAUUCUUACAUGAAAUUAUGAGAGCCGUAUUCACAAUACCAAAAGGCACGACAUCCGGUGAUAUUGAUGAGGAGUACGACAUAGCGCAUACAGCAACAGAGCCCUGUCAUGAGCUUUACCCGAACUGUUAAGCUCACAACGAAAAUUUAACAAAGAAUUCAGCAGUUUUGAUAAGUUAAUCGGAAUGUAUUUGUAUUGCUAUUGCACGAUUUAAAAACCAACCUUAAUAUUCUGUAUGACUUACCAGGUUUUUGUAUUGUUUUAAUUUGCAAAUCUUUUUAAAAGUUUUGUCCUUUUGUCACAGGAUUAUUUUAUUGUAAGAAACUUUAUUGUAUAAUUUACAUUUAUUUUGUUUUAUAUAUACAUGUUUCAUACAAACGACACACGUAAAUAUAAAACAAGGUAGCUUAACGAAUAUAAAUUUAGCGAAGUUCUAAUACAAUUUGUUACUUUUAUGUGAUGGUGUGAUUAAUUAAUUUAAU